AUGAACGUGUCCACUGCUCGUCUAGCAUGCUGGUGCCUUGUCGUGUCAAGUGAAGCGCUACAUAUUGCUGGAUUAUUAGCUGAGCCUUCAACGAUGUUGGACCUGGCAGAAUUACCAGAAAGUGGUCCAUCGGAAACGCGAUCAUCGAUCUGUGAAUGGCUCUCCGCUUCUGACGAUACUAGUGGUAGUGGAGAACAAUUCUGUGAGGUUCUUCAAUCGCCAAACAGUUUUGCCUCGCAGUUCUUCAAAGCACACGAAAUAGCCUCGGCCACACUAAUGCAGUGUGGACGGACCAGACAGGCUGCACAUCUUGGUUGGAAAAUGGCUCAGUGGAUGAGGAAAAAUAAUCGAGACGCGGGAGCACUAGCAUUGGAGCUUCGAUUUGUUUCGUCAUUACUGGAAAGUGGUAUGAAAUCGCAAGCCGUGGUUGAUGUGAUGAAACACAUUCUCCCAUAUUUGAAGGACGACAUCGAUUUUGAACGGUUAUUAUCAUAUCGAUUAUACGUUGCACUGCACGAUUCUGACGAAAUUGAGCGAAGGAAGUAUGCGGAAGAGUUCAUCGGUCUACUUUCAGGCCAUGACAAAACAAAGCCAUUAAGCUUGUCGGAACCGCCAGGAAUCCCAAAGGGUCUGUUUCAAGCCACGAUUGGAGGUUUUACACCAGUCGUUCAAGUGCCCAAUGGUCGUGUAUCGAUUGAUUUUGUGGUGAAAUCAACGUUUCCUAUUCCGAUUCCGAAUUUUUGUCUACAAGUGAAACUUCGAGAGGUUGAUGAGCAUGUUCUGUCGCGGCGAAAAGCGACUGUGUACGACGUGCAUUUCAGUGAACGCGAACAGGUUUCACGUGUAAUAACAAUGACUAAAUCGAAACAUCGAAAGAAAUCGUUUUCUCGGUCGAAAUCGCCAGUGGUUUCACCUCGAUCAAGUGAAGAACUCCUGCUUGUUUGCUCCAGUCGAGAACUAGCUCCCGGAGACAAUGAGAUAAUAGUAUCUGGUCAGGCCCAGUCCCGUGGUUGUUUCCUGUUGGAAAGUGUUCAAGCGACGUUGUUUGACGGCUUGAUUUCCAUAGAUAUUGGGGAUUUGAAAACGAAGCGUUUGGUCACGAUCUUUAUACAGAGCACGCCAAAUAAGCUAUGGAUUGACGAGAGCAGAGAUCUUCUGGCGGGAGUUGUGCAGCGGGUGAACGUCACUGUUGAGGCUGGUUCUACCGUAGAUUCAUCAAAGGUUGAAGUGCGUGCCGAACCCACCGAAGGAAUUGAGUUUAUGAGUGUAGAUGAAACAUGGUCAUCAACCGUGAGUAUAGAUAUCCCUCAACUUGGACCUGGACGAAGGCACACUUUCGAGCUAGUUCUGUGUCUACCAAUGGACUCUGGUCUUACCGCAUCACCGGCUGUACGGAAAGCGAAGAUCUGCUGCGAAUGGUUUGGUAGAGUAUGGUCGUUGGAGUUGCCAUUUGUAGCGCUUUUAAUAAUGACGUCCACAACGUCGAUGCUGGAGAAUAAGACACUAUUUGAACUGGAAAUAGCGCGAGCGGCUGGUCAUGCCGAUGAAUGGACAGUUGUAUUGGAGAAUGCGAUGGUGGAAGCGGUAGAUCCGUCGGUGACGAAAGAAACGCCAAACCAACUUGGGAAGCUACUAAACAGGGACCUCGGUGAAUUGAUACCAAACGUCGUCUCAAGUCUGGUCUGGGUGUUGCCCAUAGCUGGUGAACUGCCCAUUUCGCAUCGGCUGUCAAUAGACUAUCGAGUGAAACCGACAAAAGAAUCUGAGUCGGAAUCUGGCGACAAGAAGUUCCUUGAUAGG